AUGGAAGAAGUCCUUGAUGGGAAGAAUCAUGGUGAAGAGGCGUCGAUAAUGGAAGAAGGGAGGAAAAAAUUUGGUGAAGACUGCGUACAUCCGGGAAAAGUAGGGAAUUGUUUCAGUCAGCUUCUUUUUACCAUGGAUCGAAACAGACAAUUUCUUAGGACCCAACCAGACAAUUGGAUUGGGUCAGACGAGAUUAGCCCUUUACCAAACAGGAUGGUCGGACCGACUUCAUGUCGUCGUUGUUGCCUCUUCCUAUGUCCGACAUCCCCUUCCUCUGCGUAUUUCCUCCGCUCUCUGCCUCCCUCGUCGGCUCCUCCGUCAUAUGCGGCUGAUCAGCUUUGUCCCUCAGUCCUCUCAUCUCGAUCUUCGUCUCCAAAACCGUCGUUCUUGAUGGCACUGGUGCUCUUGGAGAUAUUGAUAUAUGAUGCUUGA